AAAUGGCGGGGGCAAAGCCGCGGGUUCAAACACACCAACACACCGACUUCCUGGUUAGUGAAGCCUGCAGCAGCCGCCGGCGUGUGUUUCUGCUUCUGACCGGGAAAACGUCUACAGACCCGGCUGUGUUCGCCUCAUCGUGUCGGUGUCAACAUGGAUGUUUCUCCGCAAAAUGACGAAGUUGCGGCGAUUUCCGAGAAACUGGAAAAGUCUUUGUCCAUGGACACAGACGACCAGAUGGAGCAAUACCACAGAUUCAUUCAGGAUGGUAAAGACGUUGCCAAACAAGGCGACAUGCACAAAGCUCUGAAGUUCUUCAAGUUGGCCUACAGCAUCCACCAGAGUCAAAAACUUGAAAGCAGGAUAAAGAAAAUUGAGGAACUUAUUUCACAGGCUGAAGAUGAUGAGGAAGAGUUUGUCAAUGUAAACGGCAGCGGUUUGAUGCUUUUCAAAGAUUUAUAUGACAAGCUUUAUGACUACCAGAGGAACGGAGUGGCCUUCAUGUACAGUCUGUACAGAGACCGCCUGACAGGAGGGAUCUUGGCAGAUGACAUGGGGCUUGGUAAAACCAUCCAAGUGAUCUCAUUCCUCUCUGGCAUGUAUGAUAAUGAGCUGGUUAAACACACACUGCUGGUCAUGCCAACAUCCCUCAUCACAAACUGGACCAAGGAGUUCGCCAAGUGGACCCCUGGCAUGAGAGUCAAGGAGUUCCACGGUACCAGCAAAGGCGAGAGGACCAGGAAUCUGGAGAAAGUGCAGAGGAGAGGUGGCGUCAUCAUCACCACGUACACUAUGCUUAUGAAUAACUGGCAGCAACUGUCGUCAUACCGUGGCCAAGAGUUCACAUGGGACUACAUGAUCCUGGACGAGGCACAUAAAAUAAAAACCACAACUACAAAAACGGCCAAGAGUGCCUCCGCCAUACCUUCGAACAACCGAGUUCUUCUCACAGGAACUCCAGUCCAGAACAACCUGAAAGAAAUGUGGGCUCUCUUUGACUUUGCUUGCCAAGGCACUCUCCUUGGCACAGCUAAAACGUUUAAAUCAGAGUACGAGAACCCCAUCACUCGUGCCAGGGAGAAGGAUGCCACUCCAGGGGAAAAGGCCCUUGGGUCCCGGAUGUCUGAGAAUCUCAUGGCCAUCAUAAAACCGCACUUCCUCCGCAGAACAAAAGCAGAAGUGCAGAAAAAUAAAAUGAACGGUGCACACCAGUGCAAAGAGGCAGAUACAGACAGAAAGGAUGGCCAAGUUCCAGACCUUCCAAUAGACUCUGGUGCAGUCAUGCCCACACUGACGAGAAAGAACGAUCUGAUUGUCUGGACCUACCUAAGUUCUGUUCAGGAAGACAUAUACAGGCAGUUUAUUUCACUGGACCAUAUCAAGGAGCUGCUCAUGACCAGCAGAUCACCUCUAGCUGAAUUAACCAUACUGAAAAAGCUGUGCGACCACCCAAGACUGCUCUCUGACGCUGCCAUCGCUAAGUUAGGCUUGGAGGAAAGUACAGUUGAAAGUCAGCAGAGUGACGACACGGAGACGGACGCUCACAGCAUCGCCAACAUUCCCGACAACACCUUAAUAGCUGAGUCUGGGAAACUUGUCUUUCUCUUUGCUCUUCUUGAAAGGCUGCAGCAAGAAGGCCACCGCACACUAGUCUUUGCUCAUUACAGGAAAGUGCUCGACAUCAUUGAACGCAUCCUGGGCAACAGAGGCUUCAAAGUCAUGAGACUGGAUGGCACAGUUACACAGAUUGCAGAGAGAGAGAGACGCAUCACUCAGUUCCAAACGGAUGAAAGUUACUCCGUCUUCCUCCUGACCACACAGGUCGGAGGAGUUGGCAUCACUUUAACAGCAGCAAACCGAGUUGUGAUCUAUGAUCCCAGCUGGAACCCGGCAACAGAUGCCCAGGCUGUUGACCGGGCGUACCGCAUAGGCCAGACUGAAAACGUCGUCAUCUAUAGGCUGAUCACCUGCGGCACAGUGGAGGAGAAGAUCUACAGACGGCAGGUUUUCAAGGACUCCCUCAUCAGACAGAAUACCGGAGAUAAAAAGAACCCUUUUCGGUACUUCAGUAAGCAGGAGCUGAAGGAGCUCUUCACUCUGGAGGACACCCGGUCCUCUUCCACACAGAUGCAGCUCCAGGAUCUGCACUCCAGACACCGACGGACAGACCCCGAACUGGACGAGCACAUUGCCCACCUCCACGCCAUGCAGAUGUUUGGGAUAACUGACCACGAUCUCAUGUUUUCCCUCGAUGUCAACCACGAUGAGGCCCCUGAGGACCAAGAGCACCAAUACAUUGAAGGGAGGGUCCAGAAGGCCCAGGAGCUGAUGAAGGCUGAGUCAGAGUUACAGAUGCAGCUGGCAGAGAGCAUGGCAUCAAGCACAGAACCAGCCUGGCUCAGACAACCAGUGGAGAACAACAACAGAGAGCGCUCUCAUGAGAAAAAAAGAAAUCCUAGACCAAGUCCUUCCUAUCCACAACAUGACAGCAACUUUAACCGGUCAGCGAUCGUGGUGGACUUGGACCAGUCUUGUUCUGGCGAGAUGGAAGACCAACAGAAUCUGAGUGACAGAAUUAUUGAUCUAACUGCAGAUCAAAGUAUGACAGAAGAACAACCUGUUGUAAAUAUCAGCGAAGACAAGCUUUCAGAACCGGAUCUGGAUUCUCUGAAACACCAAUCUGUCAAGCAGGAGAAGAGUAACUUAGACGCAGCCGAUGCCUCUCCUCAACAAGUGCUUCAGGGAUCUUUGGCCAUGUCAGAGGUCAAUGAUGCAGAUGAUCCUGCAGAUGCCUCCGUUCAAGAACUGAUGGACGAGUCUGUGAUGUCUGAGGCUGCUGUUGCUUCAGGAGGUGACAGCAGCCAGCAAUACCUCACAGCGUUUGAUGAUGAACAGCUCAGUGGAUUCUCCCACUCAGAACAUGACUCUAAGAUGGACCUGGGGCACCCACAUUUCACACCCCUGCAAAACAAAAGACUUUCUGUCUUGCAAGCAUCCAAUUCAAGCUUCAAAGCAGACACAUCGUCCAGAGUCAGCACCAGGCUGGAGUCCUUCGAAGGCAACUUCAAUUUACAGCUCGAGGACAGUGACAUGUUCUCAGACCAGGAUGUCCUGGAUCCACAGGAUACAGAAGCAGAGGAGAAGAAGUUACUUUCACAGCUACAGAUCGACGGGAGUUUUGAUGUAUAUAAAUCUCUUUCUGAGAGACAACAUGAAGAAGCACUCGGGCGAAGCCUCAACGGUGUCCAUAACUCUAAGAUGGAGUCGAUUAACGAUUCCAUUAUAACCACCAAGAAGAAACGAGCAGCAGUGAUUUAUGACAGUGAUGAAGAUGCUGAUGAUGAUAAGCAGGAAUUGAACAGGAGUCAGUUGGACAACUCCUUCCAGGUUCUUGGAGCCUCCACACCUAAAUCAGCACCAUCUGGCUCCACCCCUCUCCAAUCAAGAAAGAGCAUCGGAGGAAACACCUCCGUGGCUUCACGCCGCUCCCUCCUCCACUCCAUCAUCCAAGACCUGGAGGAGGAGGAGGCGGAGGAAGAGGAGGAGGAGGAGGGUUACAAUGAAGACAUUUCAGAGAGACAUUCUGAUGAGGCUGAAGAGGAGGAGAUCAUCAGUUCAACCCAUGAUGAGCUCCAACUGGAGGAGACCAUCGGAGAGACAUUAAACACAGAGGACGAGGAGGAGUUAGAAGAAGUAGAGGAGGAGGAGGAGGAGGAGUACUCUAAGUCAAGAGACAGAGUUGAUGAGUCUGAAGAGGAAAUGAGCAGUAACCUGGAAGAAUCAACCAGCGAUCCUGAGCUCACCUCCUCCGAGAGAAUGGAUCAGUGCACCGUCUCUCCAGGAGUCAAGAUGAACGGCACAAAAGAUGUUGCCACGUCGGAUGAUGAGAGCUACGACUCCCUGGUCAGCAGAGGGAGGGAGUGCUACAGCAGAGGGGAGCUGGAUGACGCCCUCGGCUUCUUCCUGAGAGCGAUCGACAUCAAACCUGGAGAUCCUGAAAUUCAGCUCAUGACCAUCCAACUGUACCGGCAGCUGAGUCAGAGAAGAUAACAUCUGUUCUAAACAAUCAAUAUUCAAUAAAUCCAAUGUGCAUUUAAUUAGAGCCUGAUACUGGAUUUUUAGGGGGUGAUAUGAUAAUUGAGCAAUGAGCCGUCAAGUGUGGUAAUCAAUAUCAAAAAGAUACAAAUGUAAUGGAGAAUGGAUAUUUGACAGUUUGACAAUAAAAUUUAUCAUCCAAAAAGGAAACUUUCCAGGAAAUGUAAAGGUUAGAGUCUUUUCUAAAUGAUGUUCUGGGAAAAAAAUAAAAAUGAUAAUAUCUGUGCAUAACGUA